AUGGCCAAACUCCCACCUGGCGAGACCAACUACACCGUAUUCAUACGACUCCCAUUUCCCAGGGGCGACUUUGAAGACCCACCACCGGUGGAGUGGAACGCAACCAAAGAUCUAGACCUUUGGGACAUUCUGUCUCGGCCAUCCAAAGGCGAUAUAGACUGUAUGCAGGCACCCCAGGUCCAUGACUGCUUGGGUGUUGAUCUCGCUGACACCAUUACAGGGAAAGCCCUGGCAGAGCAUUUUGAUGUCACCCUGCAAUUUCUACUCCAACAAGCCGCAUGGCUUUAUGACCGGCAGCUGUCCCAAGUACGCGCCAAGAUGCGCAAAGUUGGGACCACUCAAUCGAACUCUCCUUCCCCGGCUCCCGGCUCAGUGUCCGGGAGCAUGGCCUUGGGAGGACAGCCGUCGAGAGAAACCAUAGUCCCUGGUUCUCGGGCGCCAUCACGGCAGGUAUCUCACCCACCGGAGAUUGUGCAGAGAGCCGUGGAACCUCGCCCCAUCAGCGUGGAAUCGGCGAAUCUUGUAAAUCAGGCUCGGGCCCAAAUCUCCCCGCGCACCGAGAUACCGGCCGAAAACGACUCACAUUGGGACUCUCUAGGUCGUCGCCCAUCAGCCGUUAGGCGAGACCAAGCACCGGUCUCGCCCUUACCCCACUCCCCAUAUGAUGAGGAGCCACUAUCCUCGAGCAUGUCAGAAGAAUCAGAGUCCGACGAGGAAGACACCAGACGCGCUCUCCGCUUCAAACGAUUUGGGAAAGCCUCCGUCCAGCGCUCUGGUCUUCGGGAUGAUGAGGAUGACGAGGAUGAGACCCCAGCAUUCCUCCCAAUGGUCCGAGAACCGCAAACAUCUCACCAGCGACCAGGCCAGGAGUUGAGUGCUACGCUUCGACUGGAUGCCGAGCGAGCAACGGGCCCACGACGCCGGGGUCCAGAUCCACGAGUUUCCCGGGUCCCCGUGGCAUCGGAGUCAUCUACUAGCUCCAUGAGCUCUGCUGGUCCCAUCGGCCUGUCUCCCGGGGAGGCGCGACGGGCAGACUACAGAACACCAGCCUCGGGUCCCCAGAGAGCACUUGGGCCCCGUCAAAAUUCGCGGAGAUCCAAUGCAUCCGGUCGCGAGACUAGCGAUGGCACUCCCAGCAUGGGCAGUAGCUUCAGUGAUCUUGAUGGUACGUCCUCCGAGUUCAAUGAUGGAUAUUGUAUUUAUGCUGUCCCAGAUGCGAGUGUUACCCAGUCAGCUCUGGAGGAGGCUCUGUUGAGCAAUAUGCAGCAUGGUGGUAUGGCAAGUCGGAUGAGCACCAUCAGCCAGGCACUUCGCAGUCGCUACCUCCAGUAA